CCUUACCUCACCUCACCUCGCCCACCUACAACACGCACACAGUCUGAUAUAUUAUUUUAAUACUUGUAUAAUAGAGAGUCCACUGUUUUUCCUCUCCUCUUCACCUAAUUAUAACUCUUUUUUCUCACAACCAACUUUCUGUUGCUCUCUAAAAGGGGUUGUUGAGUUGAGAUUGAAAAAAGCUUGCAACAUAUUAUCCCAUCCGUUUUUUGUUUUUAUAGCCUGAUCUAUAUCUCUCUCUCUCUCUAUAUAUAUAAAAUAAUGGGUAGUAAAGUAUUGUUUACUUUGAAGGAAGUUGCUGAGCACAAUGAUCCCAAAGAUUGCUGGCUCAUUAUUCAUGGCAAGGUGUAUGACGUGACAAAGUUCUUGGAAGAUCAUCCCGGUGGUGACGAUGUUCUGUUGUCUGCCACAGGAAAGGAUGCAACCAAUGAUUUUGAAGAUGUGGGUCACAGCACAACUGCUAAAUCAAUGAUGGAUGAAUUCUAUGUUGGUGAUAUUGACACAGCAACAAUUCCCUCCAAGGUCGAGUACACGCCUCCAAAGCAAGCUCAUUACAACCAAGACAAGACGUCUGAGUUCAUCAUCAAGAUUCUGCAAUUCUUGGUUCCAAUGGUGAUCUUAGGAGUUGCAGUUGGGAUCCGAUUCUACACGAAGUCAGUGUAAAAUCCCAAUUUGAGUGUUUCGGGUCUGUUUCUUCCUAAUCUGUUGUUCAAGUUGUGUUCUUGUUUCUUAAAUCUUAGAACUAUUUGGCCUGAGAGAUGAAUUCAUGAUUGGUAUGGUAACAAUAAGAUGAUAAUUUGAGUACUUUUAAUAGUCA